AUGACAGGGGAAUUGAAUAUACAAGGUUUGUCUUUGGAUGCUAGUAACUCCAACAAUUCAUCGGUACAGAGCUUAAAACAUGGAUACAUCGAUAGUCCAUUUUCUGGUAAGAAAGACCAAUAUGAACAGGUUUUGGAUGUGUUAGACAGCACUGGAUUUAUCCCAGAGUCGUUGAUCGAGCUGGAAGCUAGAUGGUUUUACGAGAGUUUGGGGAUCGACGAUGUUUUCUUUGCCCGCGAGUCGGCGCAAGGAAUCGCCAAUCACAUCCACUCGUUGUAUUCGUGUAAGGUGCAAGCGUUUGCUACUGACAGCAGCGAUCAGCCUUUGAUUCACUACAAGAGGGAGGCGGAAGACCAUGCGGUGUUUUUUGACACGUAUGGCGCUAACGACUACACUCGUAACCGGUUCGAGGAAAGGAUCGAUGACAAGUACAUAGAUCCGUCGAGCCACUUGGGCACCAGUUACAGAGGUGAGUACUUCAGUGCGCCAUUGAACUACAAGCAGGAUGCGAUCUUAUCGGGAGUCUUUGAGAAGAAUGCCGACUUGAGUAACCAGUUUGUCAGAUGUUACUUUAUCUACAAGAACAACUAUCACCAUGCGGAGGUCUCGACAGACGAGACCGAUUUGGAAAAGAUCGGUGACAAGACGUUCUUGAAGAUCGCUUCGGCCAAGACCAAGGAGCUCUACUCCGAGAUCAUCAAGAAUGUGAUCUCUAACACCGGGCCCGUGAUCAAGUACUUCCCAAUCGAAGAGCUGGAAGAAUAUAGAGUGGUCAUUGGGUUCAGACAGAAGACUUCUGCUAGAUACAACUCGGCUUUGAGUGAUUUGGUCAACUACUACAAGUUGCAAACCACCAGAAAGUACAUUGAACAAUUUUCCAACGGUGUUUCCAUCGUUUCGAUGUACCUUACUUCGAAGCACAACAAGACGCCUGUUGACUUAUCCAUCUACCAGGUCAUCAAGGAAGCCUCGUUGUUGUACUGUAUUCCUCACAAUUACUUCCAUGAUAGAUUUAUCUCGGGUGAGUUAUCUUUACAAGAAAGUAUAUAUGCACAAUGUGGGGUUAUUUUCGUUACACAUUUCUUGAACAGAUUGGGCCCAGAAUACAACAAGUUGACUGCAUUAUUAGAUCCUGCUAAGUCGACUAACCACGCCGAAGUCUUGAAUUCGUUGAAGAAACGUUUAAGGUCAGAAACUUUCACCCAGAACUACAUCCAAGAAAUUUUUGACACCAAGCGUGAUAUUGUCAGAAAAUUGUACCGUCAAUUCGCUGAUGUCCACUACAUUCGUUCUUCCAUGGAGAAGACCUUGUCUUAUCAAAGAUUAUCUCAAAUAACUCCAGUGGGUACCGAAGAAGAAUUCGAAGAAUUGUUAAAUCGUGAGUGUUCCCAAAACGAACACCACAUCUUGGUGUUGAAGGCUUUGUUUGUUUUCAACAACUCUAUUUUGAAAACAAAUUUCUACACUUCUACCAAGGUUGCAAUCUCAUUUAGAUUGAACCCUACGUUCUUACCAGCUACUGAAUAUCCAGAGAAGCCAUACGGUAUGUUCUUCAUUGUCGGUAGUGACUUCAGAGGUUUCCACAUCAGAUUUAGAGAUGUAGCUAGAGGUGGUAUCAGAAUUGUGAAAUCGAGAUCGCUUGAUGCUUACAACACUAAUGCCAGAAACUUGUUCGAUGAAAACUAUAACUUAGCAAAUACUCAACAAAGAAAGAAUAAAGAUAUUCCUGAAGGUGGUUCUAAGGGGGUUAUUCUUUUGGAUCCAGGUGUGGCUCAAGAUAGACCAAGAGCUUGUUUCGAAAAGUAUAUCGAUUCGUUAAUCGAUUUAUUAUUAAAGCAACAUAUACCUGGUGUUAAAGAUUCCUAUGUUGACUUAUAUAACAAGCAGGAAAUUUUAUUCUUGGGUCCUGAUGAAGGUACCGCUCACUACGUUGACUGGGCUACCUUACAUGCUAAAGCAAGAGGUGCACCAUGGUGGAAGUCUUUCUUAACCGGUAAGAACCCUAAGCUUGGUGGUAUUCCUCACGAUGAAUAUGGUAUGACCAGUUUGUCAGUAAGAGCUUACGUAAAUAAGAUCUAUGAAAAGUUGAAUAUUGAUGAUGCCAAAAUCAGAAAGUUCCAAACUGGUGGUCCAGAUGGUGAUCUUGGUAGUAAUGAAAUUUUAUUGUCCAGAAAUGAAAACUAUGUUGGUCUUGUUGAUGGUUCUGGAGUUAUCGCAGAUCCAAAUGGUCUUGAUAAACAAGAAUUACUCAGAUUAGCCAAGGAAAGAAAAAUGAUCUGUAAUUACGAUAAGUCUAAAUUAUCUCCAGCAGGUUAUAUUGUUUUGGUUGAUGAUGUCAACAUUAAAUUACCAAAUGGAAUUACUGUUCCUAACGGUGUCAGCUUUAGAAAUACCUUCCAUUUAAAGAUUAAAGAAGCAUUUGGCACUGACAAGGUUGACUUGUUUGUUCCAUGCGGUGGUAGACCAGCUGCUAUUGAUAGCAAUAAUGUUCACGAAUUAAUCGACCAAAAGACUGGUAAGUCUGUUGUGCCUUACUUUGUUGAGGGUGCUAACUUGUUCGUUACUCAAGAUGCAAAGUUGUCUUUAGAAAGAGCAGGAUGUGUGAUCUUUAAGGACGCCUCUACCAAUAAGGGUGGUGUUACUUCCUCAUCGUUGGAAGUGUUAGCAUCAUUGUCUUUCGAUGAUCAAGGAUUCUUAUCCAACAUGUGUAUUGAUUCACAAACCGGAGUUACUCCAAAGUUCUACCAAGAAUAUGUUAAAGAGGCCCAAAGUAUUAUUGUUUCUAAUGCUCAAAAUGAAUUUGAAGCCUUAUGGAAAUUGAAAUCUGAAACCGGCUUACCUUUCACACAAUUGUCAGACAAGUUAUCUGUUUCCAUCAACAAAUUGAGUGACGAGUUAGCUAACUCGAAGGAAUUAUGGAACGAUGACCAAGACUUCAGAAAUGCGGUUUUACUCGAUUCAUUGCCUCGCUUAUUAUUACAAGAAAUUGGUAUUGAUAAUAUCUUAGCUAGGGUUCCAGAAUCCUACUUGAAAGCAUUAUUUGCUACCCAUUUGGCAUCCUCAUUUGUUUAUUCAAGAGGUAUUGAUUCCAACCCAGCAAAGUUUUUGGAAUUUAUUUCUUCUCUUAGAAAGGAAUAUGUCCACAAAAAAAUUCUUUAA